CUCGGUAGGCGGAGCUCCGCGAUUGAACUUGCGUUUAUACUUUGACGUCGAUUCUCAGUUCUUUGAACCCUUGGGACAAAAUGUCGAAAACAGUUGCUGUCGUCACCGGUGCGAACAAGGGCAUCGGAUUUGCAAUUGUACAGGGGUUAUGCAAAGCUGGGUAUGCUGGCGACAUUAUCCUCACUGCCCGCAACGAGAAACUCGGGCAGGAGGCUGUGCAACAAGCGAAGUCCGAGGGAUUCAAUAACGUGCUGUUUCACCGCCUUGAUAUCUGCGACCAAAGCAGUGCAGAAGAACUCCGAAAAUUCCUGGAGAAGAAUUAUGGCGGUUUGGAUGUCUUGAUCAACAAUGCUGGGAUUGCAUUCAAAGCUGCUGCAACUGAACCAUUCGGAGAGCAGGCUGAGGUCACAAUGCGGACCAACUUCUGGGGCACCCUGUGGGUGAGCAAGGCUCUCUUACCCCUGCUGAGGCCUAAGGCGCGAGUGGUCAACGUCUCCAGCUUCGUCAGCAAGAGCGCUCUGGGCAAGUGUAGCCCAGAGCUACAGGCAAAGUUCCGCAAUCCAGAUAUCUCCGAGGAGGAGCUGUGUGGACUCAUGGGAGAGUUUGUGGCGGCAGCUCAGAAGGGCGACCACGAGGCCAAAGGAUGGCCAAACACCGCCUAUGGUACUACUAAGAUUGGUGUGACAGUUCUGUCCCGGAUCCAGGCCCGUGUUAUGAGCCAAACGAGGGCAGGUGAUGGAAUCCUGCUGAACGCCUGUUGCCCUGGCUGGGUGCGCACAGAUAUGGCCGGACCCAAAGCCACGAAAAGCCCAGAGGAGGGGGCCGAGACACCCGUGUACCUCGCUCUGCUCCCCGUCGGAGCCACUGAACCCCAUGGGCAGCUAGUGUGGGACAAGGUGGUGCAUGAAUGGUGAAAUACUGUAGAAAUAAUAAAAUACAGUAAAAAAUACUAGCCAUUAACUCCGUUAUCAGUGACCUAUUCUGCUUUGUAAAAUCAUUUAACCAUGGUUAUGGGAACAUGUAUUACAUGUUGCAUAACAUUAUCGGUGUGAGAAGGGCUUUUUUUAAGGAGCUGUAAAUUUGUGCUUUUUUACUUUUACUACAUUUUUAAGAUCUGAGUGUUUUUGCGUGAAUCGCACAAUAAGGUCACAAGCUGAUUUAGAUAGUGAGAUCAAUAUUUAGAUAGUGAAAUAGAUCAUUUUAAAGCAGAGUUUACUGCUUAAGCUAUGGCUAGAACCGGAGAAAUACACUAACCCCAGUAGUUUUGCCAUGCUUAGAACCGGAGAAAUACACUAACCCCAGUAGUUUUGAGCAGACCUCGUGUACAAAAUCAUUCAGUUGCUCUCUGAACUCAUUCCAAAAUUACAUAAGUGCAUACUUGAGCCCAGGAAUUAUUAAUUUGAAGGAAGGCUGUAAAAAUAUGAGAUAUACAUCACAUUAAUAAAGUGUUUGUUUAUUUGUAUCA